CAACUAUCAACAAACAAGAAUCUUAUUUUCAUAUAUGUUGACGUUUGACCGCGUAGCAAGUGAAAGUGUCACGUCAGUCGAAAUACUGUCAGAUUCCUGAUAGUCUUUAUAUUUGUUGGCUGCAUUUUAAUUUAAAGUUCUGUUUUAGGUUAAAACCGGGAAGAUGGGUGUAAAACCUGCAAUUGGAAGAAAAUCUAACAAGAACCCCCCAUUUUUCAGUCACGAUUUCGUGAUUCAAAAUCAUGCCGAUAUUGUUUCAUGUGUAGUGAUGGUGUUUUUGGUGGGAUUAAUGGUGCAGUCGACAAGUCCAGUUGCAAGUUUAUUUAUCAGCCUACACCAUAAUGUUACUGGGGUAGAACCGUCACGUGAAACACCAAGAGGAGAACCUUUCUUAUACGAAACUGGUUGGAAAGAUGCUUGUGCUAUAUUCUUUUACUCGUUGGUUUGCAUCGUUAUGCACGCUAUACUCCAGGAGUACUUAUUAGACAAAAUAUCAAAGAAAUUUCAUUUGUCAAAGUCAAGAUUGUCUGCUCUCAAUGAAUCAGGUCAACUUAUUAUAUUUCAACUUAUGACUUUGGUUUGGGGUGGAGAUGCAAUCCUACGGGAAGGAUUUCUAUUCAAUAUUUCACUUCUGUGGGAUGGUUAUCCAAACCAUCCAAUGAGCUUCCUUUUGAAGUUAUGGUGGAUAGUCCAAGCAUCUUACUGGAUUCAUACAAUCCCAGAAUUGUACUUCCUGCGUAUCAAGAAAGAUGAAUGGUCGGGACGCAUUAGACACGCUAUUGUCGCAUUUGCAUUUUUAGCUAUGGCAUAUUGUUUCCAAUUUCAGAGGGUUGGUGUUUGUCUGGUUGUGUUGCAUUCACUAUCUGAGUUUGUUAGCCACACCUACCGCCUCAACAACAUCCUCCGAGGUGAAAAAGAAGACUAUCUAGACAAAAUCAUGGGGUUAUUAAACGGCAUUGUGUUUGUUGUUGUUCGUCUUUGCUCUCUGGUUCUCGGAGUGUUGACAUUCUACUUUGGAGUGGCUGGUGCGGCACCAUUAUUGCUACGCGUUGGUGCUCUAUCAGUUCUUGUCUCAUUCCAGGUUUACUUGAUGUUCAAUUUCAUUUCUGAAGCUAUUAAGGAACGCCAAGAGGCUCGUCAGCUUGCUCAGGCCAGGCCAAAGAAGGAGAAAAAGGAAAAACCUAAGAAAGAAAAAGUAAAAAAAAUCCACAACGAGGAUUCAGACCUGCCCGAGGUUGAUCAAAACACAAAUAAAACUCUUCGACAACGGCAAGCUGCUACUGCCAAGACUAAGUAAACGCGCACAUUGUACCCGUCAACUUAGGAAUAACAUAGGUGGUCCCCUUCAGACUUUAAAUACACAUUUGUUCUUCCCAAAUAUUUUUAGUUUAACUUCCUUGAAUGUCUAUGCACAAAGGGAACUGUGUAUUAUAAUAUGUGUCUAUAAUAACAAUACCUAGGAAAAGACAUCCUUAAAACGUCUAAUGAAAUUUUUCUCUGAGAUUGGUAAUUAUAUUAUUUUAAAUGCAUGUCUGAGUUCAUGAUAAUUGAUUUAACCACCCUAUAGUAACAGUUGUAUGAAUGUAAUGCGGUGUCGAGAUAAUUGAAACUGUCAUUAGACUAUAAAGCGCACUAUUGUCAUUAUGUGUAGUGGAAACAGGGUUGUAAAAAAUAUCUCUUUAAAAUGUAAAAAAUCUUAAAGUAUAGGUUAAAAUGUUGUUUAUAUGAAUAUAUUGAUAAGAAUUUUACAGUACUGUGUUUGUACACAUAAAAAAACUAAAAUUCCAUGUUAUAAUUUGUGCAUUUUUAUUAAUAUUUUUUAUCUUGAAUUCCAAUAUGUUGUUUUUAUAUACUUUAUAUUUUAUUUUUUAUAGACUUUAUACUUCGAUAUCUUGACCAUAUCUAUUUUUCUAUGACAAUAGAAUUUUUCUAUUGCACUUCACAAUGAUAUUUCGGUGCUUUUUUCGUCUAUUAUACUUAACAAUUUUAAUAUAUACUGUAUAUUUAGUCAACGAUAAUUCAGGACCUAAUGCAUGCAGUUAUUUUAGAGAUGAAUUAAUUUUAAACUGUGAGAGUGAAUCCAUGAUUGUUGUUAUACUCGUAACUGAAUUAGACGUUUAUGUAAUUAUUCUUCUUAAAAUGAAAUUGUGCUCAUAAAUUAUUAUAAAAUUUCCACGAGGAAUGUCAAUUUUUAAAAGCUUGAUGUUACUUUUAUUUCUGAAUAAAAUUUGGUAACAAAA